CAUACAUAUUUCAACUACCAGUGAAAGAAGCACUCCAUUAACAACUCCUCGUGUUAGCACCACACCUCCAACUAGCUUUACUGAGGCCAGCACACCUUCAACACCUCCUCUUGACACAAGCACAACUUUUACCCCUUCUACUGAAGCUGCCUCAACUCCCACCAUUCCUGUAGCCACCACCAGAUCUGUAUCAAUGACCACAGAAAGAAGCACACCUGGGACAACCAUUUUUAUUCCCACCACUCCUGUCACCAGUUCUACCUCUGAUGUCAUUCCUGCAACAACUGGUGCUGUAUCUACCCCUAUGAUAACUUCCACAGAAUUAAACACACCAUCAACCUCUGCUAGUAGUACCACCACAUCUUUUUCAACUACUAAGGAAUUUACAACAACUACAAUGACUACUGCAGCUCCUCUCACAUAUGUGACCAUGUCUACUGCCCCCAGCACAACCAGCAGAGGCUCCACUACUUCUGCAUCAACGCUUUCUGCAGCCAGUACACCUCACACCUCUACUUCUGUCACCACCCAUCCUGUGACCCCUUCAUCAGAAUCCAGCAGGCCGUCAACAAUCACUUCUCACACCAUCCCACCUAUAUUUCCUCCUGCUCACUCCAGUACACCUCCGACAACCUCUGCCUCCUCCACGGCUGUGAACCCUGAGACUGUCACUACCAUGACCACUGGGCCAAAACCCAGCACAAGGACCGCUUCCUCCCCCACGGUGACCACCACCACUGUCCCCACGACUACUUCUACAAUUAAGAGCACCCCCACCUCAACUACUGUGCCAACAACCACAACAUGCGUUGGAGAUCAAUGCCAGGAGGACUCUCGCUGCGAUAAUGGAGGCAUCUGGGUUGAGAACAAGUGCCAGUGUCCCACCCUCUAUGAUGGGGAGCGGUGUAAUGAGGUGGUCAAGAGCAUUGACAUAGCGACACCGGAGACUGUCUCUGCCCAAAUGGAACUGACUGUGACAGUGACCAGUGUGAAGUUCACCGAUGAGCUAAAAAACCACUCUUCCCAGGAAUUCCGGGAGUUCAAUAAGACAUUCACAGAACAGAUGAACAUUGUGUAUUCCGGGAUCCCUGAGUAUGUUGGGGUGAACAUCACAAACCUACGUCUUGGCAGUGUGGUGGUGGAGCAUGACGUCCUCCUAAGAACCAAGUACACACCAGAAUACAAGACAGCUUUGGACAAUGCCACCGAGGUAGUGAAACAAAAAAUCACAAAAGUGACCACAGAGCAAAUAAUGACCAAUGAUAAUUGCUCAGCCUUGAUGUGUUUCAACACCACUGGCACCCAAGUGCAAAACAUUACAGUGACCCAGUACGACCCUGUAGAGGAAUGCCGGCAGAAGGCCAAGGAAUAUGGAGACUACUUCCUAGUGGAGUACCAGGACCAGAAACCAUACUGCAUCAGCCCCUGUGUGUCUGGCUUCAAAGCCUCCAAGAACUGUAACCAUGGCAAGUGCCAGAUGUCUAAAAAUGGAGCCCGGUGCCUCUGCCUGACCACGGAAACUCACUGGUACAGUGGGGAGGACUGUAACCAGGGCACCCAGAAGAGUCUAGUGUAUGGCCUCGUGGGGGCAGGGGUCGUGCUGGUGCUAAUCAUCCUGGUAGCUCUCCUGAUGCUCGUUUUCCACUCCAAGAGAGAGGUGAAACGGCAAAAGUACAGAUUGUCUCAGUGGUACAAGUGGCAAGAAGAGAACGGUGGACCAACUCCUGGGACCUUCCAAAACAUUGGCUUUGACAUCUGCCAAGAUGAUGACUCCAUCCACCUGGAAUCCAUCUAUAGUAAUUUCCAGCCCUCCUUGAGACACAUAGACCCUGAAACAAAGAUCCAAAUUCAGAGGCCUCAGGUAAAGACAUCAUUUUAAGGCAUGGAGUUGAGAAGUCUGGGAGUGAGGAGAUUCCAGUCCGGCUAAGCUUGGUGGAGCAUUUCCCCAUUGAGAGCCUUCCAUGGGAACUCAAUGUUCCCAUUGUAAGUACAGGAAACAAGCACUGUACUUACCAAGGAGAAAGAGGAGAGAGAUGGCAGUGCUGGGAGAGUCUCAAAUAGAAACCCGUGGAAGCUCCAAUGGGCUUGCCUUGAUAUCAGGCUAGGCUUUCCUGCUCAGUUUUCAAAGAGGUUCCAGAUUUGAGGGGUGCUCUGACUGCAACAUGUCACCCCAUUGAUCGCCAGGAUUGAUUUGACUGAUCUGGCUGGGUAGGCGGGUGUCCCCGUCCUCCCUCGCUGCCCCAUGUAUGUCCCUCCUAAAGCUGCAUGCUCAGUUGAAGAGGACGAGAGGACGACCCUCUCUGAUAGAGGAGGACCACGCUUCAGUCAAAGGCAUACAAGUAUCUGGACUUCCCUGCUAGAACUUCCAAACAAGGUCAAAGAGGUUCCCCCUCUCGCCUGCCCGGAUCCAGUACCAUGGACAGCGCCCUCAAUGAGCUGUUUACAACCGUGACCCCUUGGACACGGGACUGCUGCAUGCACUUUACAUUUCACAAAAUGCUCUCCUAAGAAUUAUUGAAUGCCAUCUUCAUGAAAAACACUUGUGUUUAAAUAUAGAGCAUUUACCUUUGGUAUAUAAGAUUGUGGGCAUUUUUUAAGUUCUUAUUUUUAUGAGUUCUGAUUUUUUCCUUAGUAAAUAUUAUAAUAUAUAUUUGUAGUAACUAAAUAUAAUAAAGCAAUUUUAUUAAAAUUUU